AUGGCCCAGGCGCAACGAAAUGGCCAGUCACCCACCGUGUUGCAGGAUUCGACGUCGAUCCCUUGCCCGGGCAUGAUCCGUAUGACCAGUCGGUCUUCCCUCGAAGCCAUCGACGCCUGCUCGUGUGUUAUGCGCACUGUGAUUGGCCGGACGGAGCGAGUUCUGGGAUUGCUGGCAAAAUUGCCCCAGGUGGCACAAAGUAGCUCGGAGUGGCUCGCAGUGGCUCAAAGUGGAUUGUCAAAAGAUAAGGAUGUUGCAGUGGCGGGGGGGUGCCAAGCCUCUGUCAAGAGCUUCCAUGCCUUCUAUGCGGUCCGCGUGGUUUAA